AUGGCGGACUUUGAGACAUACUACCAAUCUGAGGAACCAGGAACUAAAGUCUUCCAUAAGAAGGGCGUUACAUGUAAAUCUUCAAUCUUUGAGAAGAUGAGAGAGGAAAUACCAAGUGAGAUGGAAAACCAAACCAUAGUGUAUAUGUUGGUUCUCACUGGUCUGUCUGAUCUUCCAAGUCUUCAGCUUCCUCUGUUUGUGCUGUUUCUUCUGAUCUACCUUUUGACUUUAGCUGUGAACCUUCUCAUCCUUCUCCUGAUCUUCACUGAUUCCCAUCUUCACACCCCCAUGUACUUCUUCCUUGGAACCCUGGCAUGUCUGGAUAUGAGUUACUCCUCAACCACUGCCCCAAGAAUGCUCUUUGAUUUACUCAUAGGUAUAAGGAUCAUAUCUGUGCAAAUGUGUAUAACUCAGUUCUACUUUUUCCUCUUCUUUGCUGUAUCAGAGAUGUCUGUGCUGGCAGUGAUGUCCUAUGACAGAUACAUUGCUAUCUGCCGCCCUCUUCACUACAUGCAGAUAAUGAGCUGGAAUGUUUGUGUUCAGUUUGUAUCCAUCAUGUUGGUUUUUGGUGCAAUACAUGCCUUGGUGCACACUCUUCUUUUAGCUAAACUGACAUUUUGCAGCUCAAACGCUUUGCAGAGUUUCUUUUGUGACCUGCCCCAGUUGCUUCAGGUCUCCUGUAGUGACACAUUCAUCAAUGUAUUGAUAAUAUUUCUCUCUGGAAUAUUGUUUGGUGGUAUCAUAAUAGGGGUCACCUUUUAUCCCUAUAUCACUAUAAUCAAGACUGUUCUGAAAAUGCCAUCAAAGCAGAUGAGAUCCAAAGCUUUCUCCACCUGUUUCUCUCACCUAACUGUGGUCUUUCUAUUUUACAGCACAAGUUUAUUCAACUAUUUUCGCCCAAAUGCAAGCCAACACACAGAGGACAAAGUGGUUUCUGUAUUUUAUGCAGUACUGACCCCCUUUUUAAACCCUCUGAUCUACAGUCUGAGGAACCAGGAACUUAAAAGAUCCUUAAGAAAAACAUUGCAGAGAAUGUAA